CAAAUUUUGGCUCAAGCCGCGUUAGGCCAAAGGCCGCGCCAGCCCAGAGCAGCGGCGAUGGCGACAGUGCCUGUGAACCCCAAGCCCUUCUUGAAUGAUCUUACUGGUAAGCUCGUCCUCGUGAAGCUGAAGUGGGGUAUGGAGUACAAGGGAACUCUGAAAUCGAUCGACCCGUACAUGAAUCUGCAGCUGCUGAACACAGAGGAGUGGGUCGACGGCAGCUUCCGGGGGAAUCUGGGAGAGGUUUUCAUUCGGUGCAACAACGUCCUGUAUAUCCGGGGCAUGAGCGACGAGGAGUCCGACAUGGAUUGA